AUUAAGAGCAUGAUUAAUAAUUAGACAGUGACCUCUGCUCCUUUGUAACUUCAGCCCAUUCCAAGCUGUUACAAACCUGGAAUCUUACAAGCCUGCUGGAGAUUGCUGUUACCUGAAGAGUUAGGAUCUGAUCUCUAUAGCAGGUAAUACUUUGUAUCAUGCAUUGUCUGUGUAUUUAUCUUGUAAUGGAUUUAAUGGGAUGUGUAAUAUAAAACCAACACUGGGGGGCUCAGAAAUGAUUGCUCCCUAAUGUGCACUGAGUAUCAUUUUAGUUCAGAUUAUUUUCUGUACCAUGUAAGACUCCUUAUUGAUUGGUUUACUUUUCUUAAACAUUGCCACCCAUAAUAUUAAUUUAUCUGACAACAGGUUGCUUGGUUUUGUUUUUCUUAUUUAUUUAUUUCAACUAUUACAACCUAUAUUUGUAGGAUUUAUUAUGUGAGAGUGAUUUCGUUGGCUUUGUAUUUAGACAGUGGAUUUUUUUUUUGAAUUUUUUUUAUUUAAACAGGUGUUACAAAUAUUACUUUUAAAGUUUAGAUUUUUUUUUCCCCUUGCCCUAUCAGAAUAGGGAGACAUUUGGUGACAGACAUCUGAUAAUCUAAAUAAGUCUUGAAUUGGGCAUUGAAUGAGGAGUAAAGGGGGUUGGAAUAUUUGGACAAAGUUGCAGGAAUCCAAAUCUUACAUUUGUCAUGAUUGGGACAGCAUUGUGCUUGUUUCCUGAAUUAAUAAUGGAUAGAUCCUGGCCAGGUUUUUGAAGAAGAAGAAGAAGAAUUCGUUUAUGAUUGAAUGGUGAUGGUGGUUAAAAGGAGGAAUGAGAUCUUGUAAUAUUGUGUUGGGGAGUUUGUCAUGUUGGGGAGAUUGUAGGGUUCUUGUUGUGAUUGCGGUUAAUUUAUAGCAGAAUGUUUUUGGUUUUUUUAGAUGUUAAACUUCAAAUAACAGAUUGAAUUCAGGAAGUGAUUCUGGAUAAACAAUAAAUAAUAUGAAGCCGUAUAGGUGGCAAUAGUUUUGCUACGAAUGUAUUCAUUAACCCCUUAAGGACACAACUCCUGGAAUAAAAGGGAAUCAUGAUGGAGUAUUUCCGUCAUGUGUCCUUAAGGGCUUAAGAUGAUUUUGCAGAGAGAAUAUGAAUGUAGACGAGAUAGCUAUGGAUGAGAAGAAAACCUAAAAAAUAAAAUAAAAAUUGAUACACAUGUCAAAGGAAUAAACCGUGGUAACUGGACCCCUGUCUAAGUCCUGGUUUAUAGGCAGACACCUUAGGCUGCCUUAUGGUAAUGCAGUUAUGGAUGUAAGUUACAAUCAAGGGUCACCUAUGCCAUGCCCAGUGGUUACAAACAUACAAUACUAAGCGCUGCACUCACACUCCCACUACUCCUGGGCGGCAGCAAUGACUGUUUUACACCUCGGCCCCAAUACAUACAAUAAAAACCAAAGACAAAAUGUACUUUCACUCUAUCCCACCCACAUUUAAAUAACAGGAAGUUUUUAGUACCAUUCCAAUGUGGCUCACCUGCCAGGUGAGUCCUACCUAAACUAAUAAUUCCCCCUGCUGCUUUCAUCUAAAGGGCAAAAUGUCUUAUGAGGCCGAUACAUUUCUAAACCUCUACAACCUCAUUAUCCCUUAAUAGGGAGCACAUGUGGUGGGCUGCAGCACUCUUACAUGUCUGUGUGAUACAAACGCAAAUACAAACAUACACAAUAAAUCCCUGUGCUUAAACGCUCACACUUUCUGUUUAACAAGCUGUGAAGUAAUGUAACCAACCACACCAUCACCAGGAAUCCUUUCAUGGGCAGAGUGUCAUGUUUGUGUCCAUAUUUAGAACGUAGGUGCCAGCUUCAAUGUGUUAGAAGCCCAGAAUUGCAUGCAUGUUCCUAAUGGGAUCUGUAUUCUAAACCUUAGAGAUAAUGGAUCGGCUGUUUGUGUGCUGGAUCCUGCAAUUUGUCCAGCUUUGAUUAAUUCUGCACACUGGGUCAUUUUCCUUUCACUGGCUGUUACAAAAACCUGAGCUCUCUGAUAAUGAUAAAGCGCCAGAGCAUUUAUCAAAUAUUUGUCACAUUUUAUUACUCAAGAAUAAUCCAUCGUAUACUCCCAAUCUUGGACGCAAAAUCAGGAAUACUGUAUUCAAGGUCACCUGUGCAUAUAAAACUGCAUACCUGUUCUCGUUUAUGGUCUGUGGGAUACCAACUGAUUUUAUAGCUUUGUAGCUUAUCAAUACGUUAAAGGCCACGCUGUAUAAGAAACGUUACAAGAUAAUGCAUUACUCAAAGAGUUAAAGGGACACUCUCAGCCAUACAUUUCAACAUUUCUGUUUUGACCGAUUUUUAGGUGACUUGUAACAAUUCGUACAUCUAAAAAUGUCAUUGAGAACACACACAGUGUAUCUUAUUUAAACAGAUUGAUUUCGAAACACAUGUAUUGUAGUUUAAAGACAUAUUACUGGGGAUGUUAUUGCUGUGGAGCUCUGUUAUACACUCAGACACACCAACAAUAUGGAGCUCCUAGAAAAGAAGGAUAUUAGAAUAGAAAAGAGAGAGGGAUUUGGGUACUAAAUAGGGACACUUGGGAGGUAUCCUUCUAAACACGCUAUGCAUAGAGGCACUAAACGUUCCCCAUAGAGAUGCAUUAAUUCAGUUCAUUCUCAGGAAAUGCUGAUUGACGCAAUUUGGCGUUUUGCCACGUGUGCAAUAGACUCCAAAUGCUUUCCAAUGGGAAAACACUGGAUUGGCUGAGAUCAAUUUCAACUACGGAGGUGGGGCCAACUACGGCGAGACCAGUGUGGGAGAAAGAGAAGGGGGGGGGGGGCUGUAGAAACCGCAAUGUUUUCAUUUAAGGGUUAAAUGCAUUUCUGGUGGAUGUCCUUCUGACAGCCACUAGAGGUGCUUCCUCCUCCAGAACAGAGUCAAACUCAGUCCUUCAACCAAAUGCUGCUCGUAUGAGCAUUUGAUUUUAGGAGCGCGGCUUUUGGCCGUGCUUAAAUAUCUCAUCCACCAGAUAGUGGUGGCGCAUAUGGCUACUGGGGAGUUGUAAUUGCGCUGGAAACAAGGUGACUAAUCUUUAACUCUAACUUGUAGUAGCCAAGCGGGAUGGACAGUGGUCACAGUAAUUGAAGAGAACCUAUAGUCAUGAAAAAACCAAUUAUUUUCAGGACUAUAAGCUCCCUUUAACUCCUAAUUGGCAGAGAAUGUAUCAGUAAAAUUGUACUUGCGUGAUAUAUCCACUUCUUUAAGCCAAAGUAGUUAUGGUCCAGUUAUAGUAUACCUUUACCAGGCAAAACUCUUUAUCUCUACCUAUGCACUUACUGUUUGCUACACAGUAAAAAAGAACAGUAUGGUGUGCGUAUAUUGAGAUUUGUGUAACCAUUAGGACCCCGGCCGUCCUGUGAUGAGAUAAGAUGGGAGACGGCAGUAAUAUGGCAUUUAUUUAUCAGAUAAUGGAAAUUCUUGCAGGUAACUUUUGCAUGUUGGAUUCAAUCAAUUGGUGCCAAAUCAUGCACUUCCCGACUGUGAAUAAGGACAAUUUUAUUUAGCUAUUUUUAGAAAUUGAGUGGGUCAAACUACUCCUUCUUUUUUUCGGAUUAAUUAUUUUUUUUCUCCAGCAGUUAAAACACUCACAGAAUGGACGAAGGGAACGUCAGAAGCCGUAAGGCGAUUCAGGAUAAUGCAGGGGAGCAGCAAUCUGUCCAAAGCAAGGAACCCAAGACCAUGAACCUGCAGAAACAGGUAGGUCUUCCUUCUCUCCUAAUUCCACGAAUGUCUUGAAAUUAAAAUGAGAUUUCAACAAUAGAAAAUAUAGAAUCGCAGCUUUGGAUUCUUCCAUAAUGCUCCAUCAGCCCCUUUGCUGUCUGAGAUUUUAGGGAGUUUCAUCCAACAAUGGCAGGAUGGUUUGCACAUCUCAUCCAUCUGUGAAUAUUUUACAGCAGUUGGUAUGGAACUACAUUACCCAUAAUGCUUCAGCUGGCAUUGUCAAUAUAGACUUGUGGACGUGACUGACGCCAUCUGUGUUGUGAUUGACUUUCCAGAGCAUCACAGUCCAGCUCUAGGCAAUUACUAUGAUACUUCUAGUCCUGUUGUAUUACUUAUUUAUUGAAUUAUGUUUAUGUAAGGAAACCUGGUAUAUUUAAUCCUCAUUCGGUAGUUUCCUCCCGAACCGCCAGAGCAUCAGUGAAUAUAGCUCUCAGUUUGGUAGAUGCAAUAGACAAAAUCCAUACGAAUACAAAUAGCUUUAUAAGAUAAUUCCCUUAAUAAAGCAUACGAAUCCCCAAACAUCAGCCGAAGUCAAGAAGAAGGGUACAACAGAACUGGCUUUAAUGACCACACACAGGCUUUUAUGCAAGUCCCCAUGUAAGGGGACAUCCCACAGGGUGGGACACAGUAUCAUUUACAGGAAAACCGUAAAACACACCCAGCACAAACUUACAAUUCCUUCCCCUAGUCCUGGAGAUAAUCAAGUCUGAUAAAGUAAUAACUUGAUUAUCUCCAGGCAGAAAAAUCAAAAUUUUCCCCAAUAUUCAGAACACUCCUUUAUAUAUGGGGUAUCCCCACUAAUAAUAUGUCCCCUGAUAGCCCCGAUCUGGGUGAUCAACAUAUUCAAAUUUCACCCAGAUCAGUUCAGGGGUUCUCAAAAAGGGUGAAAGUCAUUUGUGACCGGCUAACCGUGAGCUGGCUGCCCAAAAAAGUUCCAGGAGUUUGGGUGGUUUUGCCGGUCUAUUCAGUAAAGGGGCAAAAAACGAAUAAUUCCAUGAAUGGAUUCCCUGGCUCUUAGCAGCGAUUGUUCCCCUCAUUCGAAUGCACAAAAGUACAGAAUAGCGCUCUCCUAGCUAUUCGGGAACUAUAGAUCCAGCGUUCGCUUGUUGGAGACCGGUGUUCGGGAAGUCGAGUGUCCGAUUUUAGUUCCAGACACUCAACGACCAAGUCCCGCUGCCUUUGUUUGGCUGAAAAAAGAUGGCAGCGGUUUUCUCAGCCACGUGACGUUCAGUAGUACGAACGCCGGCCGCAAAGAUAGAGGGUUCAAUUGAUGCAUUCUUUGAAGUUUAAUGAGCCAGGGGGGUGGUCUUUGUUCGGUAGUUAGAUCUACCGAAUGAAUAGGGAAGAAAUAUUGCACAUAGAGGGGGAUUUCUUCACAGUUUAGAUGAUUUAUUUUUAAAUUUUAUGUAUUUAUUGUGUUUAAGGAGCAUAUUGCAAGUCUUACGAGCUAGGAAUUUCAAUGGUUUUGUUUGGUGGUACUGUGUUAAGGAUGUUAUUUUACAGUUUGUUGCCUCUCCUCGGUUGUGAGGAUCCAAAGGAUGCCAGGAUGCUUUUAUAUGUAUGAUUAUGCUGGAAGGCUGUGUCUCAUGGUAGCUUAUAGUCACCAAAACAACUUUUAUUUUAUUUUUUCAAUUCUUUCUUUUAUUUGUGCAUAUAGUUAACCAGUAGUUUUGCACUGCCACAACAGCUGGUGUGAACAUAAAGGAUACAUGCGACAACAGCAGUGUGGUAACAGAAACAUUGCACUUUUUUUUUUUUUUUAUAAACAAGAUUAAGUCACUAAAUGUUAAACGAUAUGCUUGUUGUAUGAAUAGUCUCUCAUGAUGAGUCUACUGAUUGUAAAUGCUCACUUCUGGUAUACACUAGUGGCUACAGUAAAUGAGUAUGCAUUUUCAUCCUGCUAAAUAUAACAUUGCUAUUCGAGUAGUUGACAGCUAUUACUAUAGUUCUAAAUGCUAGUAAAUAAGCUCUUCUUACGCUGACUAAAAUAACGAGUAUACAUCUUGCUUGGCUGCCUGAGCUUUGUGAGAGUGGUUGCAGGUUUUGUGAUGCUUGGGCUAAAACAUGUGCGACUCAAAUAAACACCAUAGCAGCCCUAGCAUUAACGCUUCGACUGUGGAGUAUCCCCCCCAAGUGAGUCCCAUGUCAGCCAGGCGAGGAUCAGUGUUUGCCUGUCAGGAGACCAGCCUUUGUGCAGCGUGAAUGUUGUUCUUGGUACGGAAGCUUGGUGGCUGCUGUGCUGUUCAUAGUGCCUUCGAGAGUAGAACGGUCCGGUGCUUAUCUCAGACUGGAGAGAGGCUCCAGAAAUCAUGUGUGCCAUGGGUGGUCAGUUCAUUUAUUUCGGUCCCCUCGCGGUGUGCAGCUUGGUAUGGCAGGUAGGCUAUUAUACUGUAAUAGUUCCUCCUUAGCUCAGCUCAUGGGGUCUUAUUACCCUUUCCGCUGGUCCCCGCUCUGUCUGGUUCGGUAGGCUGUUUAUGAGCCUACAGGAGAAGUGAGUGCGCCCGGCUGUUAUCAGGGUCCCCUGCCUCGUGGCCUCUGCCAUUUUAAGGCCUUCACUGCCUCAGCUCCGAGCGCCAGAGUUGUGGUGUUCCGAUGGGUCACGGGGUGGGGACCGGGAUCACCCCCGCCAGCCUAGAGGAGGGUGGGGGGCACGGGGCAGGGUUUCUGCUCUACCGCUGGUGGGCAAGAUAGCUGGUGGGCAGCGGCCGUCUACCCCGCUCACACGGAUCGCCCCUCCGAGGGACUAAAACUUCUCAGCAAGCCUCUCCUCAGGACCAGGGUGGCCUCUCACGCCGGGGUUCAGCAGCCAGUUGUCUGGUAAGCUUGAAGCCAGUGUUUUAAGGCUAAAAUUAGAGAUUUUUGCAGGAGCUACUCCAUUUUGCGUCUUUUCAGUCUGGCGGCCCCGCCCCGCCCCCAAAACAACUUUUAACUGAAUGAAGCAGGUGAAUAGAUCACGCCCCUGCAGUCUCUUUGCUCAAUUCACUGCCAUUUUGGAGUUAAAUCACUUUGUUUUUUCAGCCCAAAGCACACCUCCAUGCAUGUGACUUGCACAGCCUUCCAUAAACACUUCCUGUAAAGAGUCAUCUAAUGUUUAUAUUUCCUUUAGUGCACAGUCUGUUUAAUUUAGAAUGUCUUAUCUCCUGCACUGUUAAUUGCUUGCUAGAUCUUACAAGACCCUCUAGUGUGAUGAAUGUUUAAUUACAGAGCAGGAGAUAAAAACCUCUAAAGCAAGUUAAGGUCUGAUUAAUAAUAACAGUUUUUUCAUGCAGGCUGUGUCAGUCACUGCCAGGGGAGGUCUGGCUAGGGCUGCAUAAACAGAAACAAAAGUGAUUUAACUCCUAUAUGGCAUUGAGACUACAGGGACAUGCUCUACACAUCCAAACUGAUUCAUUAAGCUAAACUUUAUUCGGUGACUAUAGUGUUUCUUUGGUGCCGGCUUCUUAAUGGUUUUUAAAGUUGGCCUGCUUGCACUAUAUAACACAGAUGAUCACCCAUUAAGUAAAUGCUAGGACACGCUUGAUUCUCUGCUUUGAAUUUGACCCUUUGGCACACUCUCCCUGCUUUCUCAGUGACUAAUGGAAGCUUCAUCAUAAAGGCGUCAGGAACUUUAGAAUUUCCUAAAACUGACAUUUGUGAUACUUUGUGCAAUAUCUUUUCUUGCUUUCUAUGUAUUGGAUCGGUGCUAUGAUUGUGCAAUGCAUUUUACCUCCAGUAGGUAUCACUCUAUAUGAUGGCAUUCUAUGAUAUGGAGAGAUGUAAGGUACAUUGAGAAUGGCAGGGUUCUGUAAUCUUAGCAUCAAGCUCAUCUAACUACCAACCUCUGACUGCACACGUCUAAGAAUAGCAGAAAUCUGACAAUAAUUCAAUCUGCAGACAUCUCGUUUUAUUGACUGGUUCUGUGCUGGUAAAUAAAGAUGGAAAUCCUUGAGGAUCAUUUAGGAGCAUUUAAUAAACCUGGCGCAUUUUCCAUUGCAGUUCUUCAACUUACUUUUUUUUAAAAUCAAUACGUGGUAUUAUAAUUGUUUAGAAUUGUGGGAUAAAUGCUGGGCUGUAAUAGGCGAGAAACAUUUUACACCUUUGUGGGGUUUAAUCAUAGGUCACAAUGUGAAGGUAAGAUGCAUUGCUGUUAUAUUGAGACAUUUGCAGAAGCUCACACUGAAUUGACCAGCCAUCUAAAGGUGUAUCAUAUUCUAAUUUUUUCUGAGAGUUUAGACCCUUUCUCUGAAAGCUGAUGACAUGACUCGUCAUAUCCAUUAAUAAAGUGCAAUUAUUUUAGAAAGUACUGAUCCAAUUUUUUUUUAAAAUUUUUUUGACGAGCUUUAUUUCAGUUUUCCUUUUCGAAAAUUAAUUUUAUUCAGGAAAGCGAAACGUGACAAAGAUAUUACAGAUGGUUAGGUGUGUUGCAUCACAUGUUAAGGUGGAUUACAGCGGAUGGGUCAGUACUCAUCGGUUCACAAUCCGUUAAACACAGUUAACAUGUGUCACUGUGGACCUGAGCAUCUCCAACCACCUUUCCAGUUGCAGGGUUAGGGUAUAGGUGAGGGGAAGAGAGAGCGAGGGAAAAAAAGGGGAGGAACGAGAAAGGGUGAGUGGUGUGUAGGUCUCCAGUCUCAUUGGUGUAUUCCUGUUUUCUAUGCCUCAUUGAUGAUGAUUUAUAUACCAAUAUCAAGGGAAUUUAUUUAACCCUACUCCAACCACUAACCCUACCCCAACCCCUAAUCCCAGCCCUCUCUUGUUUUGCCCCUUUUCAGAAAUCCGAAGCACUUCGGCACUUCCGAAAUUCGGCACUUAGGCAAUUCAUUUCGGUUCGGCACUUUGGACAUUCGGCACUUAGGCAAUUCAUUUCGGUUCGGCAUUCCGAAAUUUGGCACUUCCGAAAUUCGGCACUUAGGCAAUUCAUUUCGGUUCGGCACUUCCGAAAAUUCGGCACUUAGGUAAUUCAUUUCGGUUCGGCAUUCCGAAAUUUGGCACUUCCGAAAUUCGGCACUUAGGCAAUUCAUUUCGGUUCGGCACUUCCGAAAAUUUGGCACUUCGGACAUUUGGCACUUAGGCAAUUCAUUUCGGUUCGGCAUUCCGAAAUUUGGCACUUCGGACAUUCGGCACUUAGGCAAUUCAUUUCGGUUCGGCACUUCCGAAAAUUCGGCACUUAGGUAAUUCAUUUCGGUUCGGCAUUCCGAAAUUUGGCACUUCCGAAAUUCGGCACUUAGGCAAUUCAUUUCGGUUCGGCACUUCCGAAAAUUUGGCACUUCGGACAUUUGGCACUUGGGCAAUUCAUUUCGGUUCGGCACUUCCGAAAAUUUGGCACUUCGGACAUUUGGCACUUAGGCAAUUCAUUUCGGUUUGGCACUUCCGAAAUUCGGCACUUAGGCAAUUAAUUUCGGUUCAGCACUUCCGAAAUUCGGCACUUAGGCAAUUCAUUUCGGUUCGGCACUUCCAAAAUUCGGCACUUCGGCCAUUCGGAAGCAUCCGAAUUUCCGAAAUUCAGCCGAAUUUGCAUUCGGCAUGAAACAAAUUACACAUGUCUAGUAGAUUUCCAUCACAUACACCCCUUAUUGAUCACGCAGAAACCUAUAGGAGUAACAUGAUUGGCAGAGAGUGCUUGGCCAAAUCCCUCCAGAAGCAUUCACUAGUGAUUUUUUUUAAAAUGUAUUUUUAAAUAAAUGCAUUCCAGAUGGGUACAAGAAAAAAAUAAAAGUACCUGGGGAAUCCUAAAUGUAAAAGAGUACUCAUUACUGAAAGAAAAUACAGGAAGUGCGUAGUUGAAAAGAACACAAGAGACUUUUAAGUACAAGUGAGAAAAUCGUCAAAGAAUGGGAAGUCCUUUCGGGCAUAAAUAUAAGAAAAUGAAUGAACAUCACAAAACCAGAUGUGCAGAGCAAACCAACGAUACGUCAAAACAAAAUAAAGUUAAUAUUUCAAGUAUCGGUUGCCUAUGACUAGUAAUGAUAAGACUAAUUGAGAUAAGAAUGAUAAAAUAGAAGUAAAUCAUUAAUUUUCUGUAAACACCUGGUUUACAAUAACAUGAACAAAGAUAUAAACCAUAAUCUGGAAGAAAAGGAAUGUCUUUAUCAACGAGUUAUAAAACAGCAUUAAAAUCCUACUUCACAAAAGAGCCUGGAUUCCCACAACGUAACGUACGAGGAAGAGGAUUUAGAAUUUUGUGUUACCUUUUAUGCCUUGUUUCCUUCACUAGUGUUUAGGGGUCUUAAUGGUGAUUAAUGAGCCAUUGAUUAGUUCACUCACCUUUGCUAAAGCAGCGAUAUGCUGAAUGGUUGGCCUUUUAGUCACCUAAGUUGGUACCUGAUGUGAGAUUUACACAUACGUACCUAUUAACUGUGUUCUUUCUAAUUAGGCUCAUAUGUUAAGGUGUAGGCAUCAAAAAAAUGCUCAAAACUGCUGAACUGGAGUAUUACUUGGUUUCAGCACGGGAAGCCUUCUCAAUUUUGCCAGCUGUCAGUUGAGUGAUGGCUGACCUUACCUGCACCAUCUUGUGUGAUACACAGUAGAAGAUGAUGGAUAUUUUAAAACACUGGAAUGACCUGAACUGCGAUUUCACUAUUUACCACUGAAUGUUUUGUUUUAUAUUCUUGAGUAGAUGCAUUAGGAAGUAGCACAUGGUUGUAGCAAUUGGGGCCUCCAGAAGAUCAUGGUUAAGGGAAUUCGACAACCGAUGGCUGUCUUAGGGUAAAUCUAAAGUAACUUUAAAUAACAAACUCUAAAACUAUGUUGUAUAAUGUUGGCAAUUAAUAUGUUAAACAUAUGUUUAGUUUCCGCAGGGUACAGGUCUGUUUUUAAUGUGGUCGGCCCGUGGUGUUUAUAGUGAAGACCAACUUACAAGUACACAUCACCCGUCUUCGAUAUUACUGUAUAGGGAAGCCGUAUCAGUCUCUUGGAAUGGGUCAGAAUGACCCCUAUCUCCUCUAUUUAUAGCAUUAGUGAUUUAAUAAAUCUUCUAUAAUAAAUACAAGCAGUUCAGUCAAUGCCGCUCUCAGGUUCAGGAGGAAGGUGCCUCGAUGUCAUAAUAAACUCAACAUGCUUACAUGACAUCCACAAUAUGUGAAACUGGAGAUCCACAGGGACUUUAUGCCGAACAUGUUAUCCCUAAACAUUGGAUAAUGCUUUAUCUCCAGUGCGGGUCCUCUUCUGCUGUACUUUCUGUUUUUGGAAGUGACAAUGCAGACUUUAGGUUGACCUUGGCAUUGUGAGCUAAAUUUCGAUGAUCCUCAACUAACUUGGACAUGUAUGGUUGUGUUUUUUCUUCUGCUAGUUCUGCACCCAUAUCUGAAAGUAUCAUCACACAGGGCUUGUUUUGGACGAGAUAAUCCGCAGCAGUUAUUGCUAAUCUCACCAAUAGUGGAAAGUCCUGGAAUGUCAGGUUUCUCUUGGCCCAACCUUUGUCACACAGGUCCGUUGUUCUCAAACAGGGAUUUGUUAUUGUACAGACUUUGUGAUCUAUUAUACAGACAGGUUGUUAUCAAGCUCUGACCAUAGAUCAAAUCAAAAGUAAUUACCACGUUAAUCUCUGAGCAUCAUACAAAGAUUGUGAGUUUAUUUGGACAAGGCCCUCUGCACCCGGUGUCACCGCGUGUCAUACAUGUUGUGUUAGAAUGAAAUGUUUCCUAUUGCUGCGGAAUAUGUUGGCGCCAUAUAAAUAUUUGUAAUACGGGUUUGCUUUUAACACUGCAUGCAGAAAGUUUGCUUCCACGUUCUACACUUCUAUAAGAAAUCUGAAGGCCUUGAGAAAGCCAUAGUCACUUGCACUCGUUGGAAGAUUAAACAAGGUUUUCAUUUUACUAUGGUCUUUUCUUUUUUACAUUCUUUAUUUUUCAGUAAGACAGACAUAUUUGGAUGUGCCACAACAGCAUAUACAUGUAACUUAAAAUAUUCUAAUUCUAUACGUUCUGCUAUUGGGGCUGAGACAAAGUAAGCAAAUUUUUCUGGAGUAUUCGACUGUUUGGUUAUAGCGAGUUAGCUGCCUCUACCAGUGGUGAGCGAUCGGACUAUGGAGAGUCGCGCCUUUGCAUAGCGCCUGAGUGGUGGUGUGUUCCUGGUACAGGGUGUACGCUGUGAAGUUACCCGUCCCUUUAAUUGGUGUUGGUUGUACUUACAGUCGUCUGCGUGAGAGUAGUGGGUAGUGUGGAGCAUGAUUGUUUGUGUCUUGCCAGGGUUUAGUCAGGGUUGACUGUUUGGUGUGGUUAUUCUGCCCCUGUGCGCUAGGCUAGUGGAGUUGGGUGUGAUGCUCCCUUGUGUGUCCUGCCCUUUGUCCCCAGGGCAGUGGGAGGGGGUUAGUGUCAGGAUGCAGGUAUUCUGCCAUAUUACAUCUAGGUCUGGUGUCUAUUUCCUCUAUAGGAGGCACAAGCUAGUUUGGGCGAAAUUAAAAUUUUUCCGCACGUUUAGGAAAAAAUAAAUAAAAGAAAAUACAGUAAAAAACAUAACUAUUAUGGCAUGAGUUAACGGUUAGUAAAAUAAAAAGCUGUCCAUACUUGUCGACAGGAAAAAGAGCAAAACAUGCAUUCAAAACAAGGCAUUAAGAUAAUGCUCUAUGGCCUGUAUUGUCCCGGUUCUUGUGUCUAGUCUGGUCUUUGGUCUCUUGGUGUUCAGGUGUAAGGUUAGAGGUCGCUGGGCCAGAGGGUGUAUGGGGUGUCUCACGGUUGGCUGCGCUUUGUGAAGAGAGACCCAGUGCUGUGAGCAGGGCAGGUAUGUCCGCUGGGUCCGUGGCUUUAUAUGAAUUCUCCUCCUUAGUAAUCCACAGGGAUCUCUGUGUUGCCCAUCUGUAAGUCAGGCCUCCUGUUUGUAGGCUUUUCGUCAGGGGUUGCAUAGAUUUUCUCCAUAGCAUUGUGGCUCUGCACAGGUCCUGGAAGAACAAAUUUAUAAGGAGAUUGUCCCUUAAGUGCGGCUGUCAGGCUUAUCUUAUCAGAUAUCGUUUGACAUCGUAAUAUUAUGUCACGUGGUGCUGUGGCUGGAGCCUGUGAUGGCUUUGCUAUUCUGUAUACCCCAUCAAAAGUACUAUGGUCUUCUUCUUUGCAUACAAGAUAGUUUAAUGAACUUGGCCUCCACCCACCCCCCUGCCCCCAAUCACAUGCCUGACAGUUCCCACUUAUUGGUAGAACAUGCAGCCCCAUAAUGCAAAUUCUGUGGAAGGUGGAUCUUAUUUUUUGACUCUCCCAACCGCGCACAAAAUUCAUUUUCAGGAUAAUUAAUUAACUACCUGGGCAGGUUAGAUGGGGAAACAUAUGGAUUUAUGUUUGUUAACCCUUUUACUACCAAGCAGUUUUUGACUGAAGAAAGGUUAGCGUUGCAUUUAUUUGAAGCAAGGGAUGUAUAGCGUAUAAACACAGCAGUUUUGUGUAUUUAUUGCUUUGCAGAAAAACUUGAGAAUUAUGUAUAUUUACACAAUUUUUAUUUUUCACUUAUUUGUUUCAUCCUUUAUAAAAUUAUCUGGGAAAUGAACGGCUUUAGACAGUAAUGUACAGUGUCCUUUAUCUUUGCCUUAAAAAAAAAGCAAAACUCAAAAUGUUCUCUCGCACACAGUAGGUGAGACAAAAACGGAUAAAUAAUAAUAUUAAAAUACUUUACCUAUAGGUAUUUGUAAGGACACUGAAGUCGUGCAGUUUACUGAAAUGGCAACAAAAUGGAAAAAUAAUAUCUGCAUUUGAGCAUAAUGCCCAUGUACUGUUAAUACAGUUAAAUCAUAUUUGCCAUAUCAUAGCAAUCUUUAUCAAUAUCUGGACUGCUGGAUAAUGUUGGCUGUGAAAUGGUAGAGUCCAUUCACUUCUCUCCCAACCCUGAUUGUAGGAAUAGUAUGAUCCAUUGAAACUUCCUGUACUGUUUAGAAGCAGAGGUGAGCUUAUAUGUUCGGCAAACUUGAAUUAUAUCAGUGACUGAAGAUUGGUAAUUUCUUCUGUCCAUUUUCCUGUUAUCUGUUUCUAUACUUGGCAAGAUUGCUUUGCGCCUUGACAAUUUUAAGGACAAGAAGGGUUGUUUUGUAAGCUUCAAGAGCCACUAUUUUUACAUUUUUUUUCCCAAGUGUUGCCAGCAUCAUCUCAUUUUUGCUUACCGUCACCGGUUUGUCACAAGUAUUUGUUUAAUAGAUUUUUCUAAUGACCAUUGUACACCAAUGCAAAAUAUGACUGCAACACAUUGAUUGAUUUUUGCAUACCCGUCUCGCUAUUGCCUCGGCCAAUAAGAGUCUAUUUUUAUUGAUUCGUCAUUUCAUUCAGCUCUCAGGUAGGCUUCUCCAAUAUCAUAAGUUGUGUUGUGUCAGCAGAGAGCAUUGUGGGUUAAUGAGCAGAUUAUACUGUUAAUAACAGUCUGCAAACAUUGCAUAUAGUGCUAAGUAAUGGGAUUUUAUAUUGCUUUGUUGAGAUUGAGAUAAGAUACUAAGACUUGGCUGUUUCCAGUGAAAAUGUUUUCCUUAUUUUUAUGAUUAUGUAAGAACAACUUAGGUCCAUUUUAAGGACUCUCCUAACUCUUAUUGGAUAUAAAACGAUAGCAUGCCAACUGACCAGUGCUACAACACACCAUUUAGAAAACACGAGAAAAUUGCCCAGUUUUUUAAAAUUCCUAACUGAGAAGGAUUUUAUACAUCACAUGACUAUACAAUAAAAUGUAGCAACACAAGAAAAAUGCCACGAACAUUACAAACAGAAAAAAACUUAGAACUUGUUACACCUGUGAUACUUGUAAAAUGAUGGCAGCCAUGAAGAGCCCAGUAAUCUCCCAAGUACUAGCGUGUUAUAUAUAUGGUGUUUCGAUGGAAACUGGAAUUCAACAGGAGAGGGAGCCCUGCAGGGGGAUGGGUGUAAGUAACCAUUUGGGAAUUGGGUGUAACCUGGUUCGACAGAAUCCUCAGAUUUAGAAAAGAACACUUUAUGAAAUUGCAGUUACAUAUUAACUGACAGCUGAUUGCCAAGUCUACUUUUAAGCCACAAAAUAGAAACUUGACUAAAAAUAAAAACCAUGCAGACUAUUAUAUCCAUGGGAUAUAAAUGAGGUGCUGCUUCUCGUAUAAUAACUCACUAGACAUAAGUUGCUAGUAGCUCUUAUCUUUAAUGAAAAAUAUUUUCAUCAUGCGUAUGAUGUAUAAUAAUUAGAUCAGCCAGACCACCUAACCCUACAUGUUUCACCUUGUUCCAGACCAGCUCACCCUACGCGUUUCACCUUGUUCCAGACCAGCUCACCCUACGCGUUUCACCUUGUUCCAGACAUCUCCAAAUUUACUUGGAGGAUGAUAAUGAACAUUUGAAUAAGCCACAUCUUGGUUGUGCUGAGUGAAUGUUUCACAUUGCAAAAUUGUGCUAUAUAGUGAGAAUUUUCACCCUGAAAAUGAACGCAAGGCGAUGCAAAUCUGAUUCUGUACCUAGAUCUGACGUGUUUGUUAUGGUUAGUACAUCCUAGGAGUGGGGUUUACAAUCAUUUCUGUUCUAAAUUCAUUGGGUUGCAGAUUUUGUACUUUGAUUGUGGUUUGAUAAAUCGCUUAUAUUGCAAGAGUAAACUGACAUAAAUAAAUUAAAAAAAACAGUAAAAAACAUAACUAUUAUGGCAUGAGUUAACGGUUAGUAAAAUAAAAAGCUGUCCAUACUUGUCGACAGGAAAAAGAGCAAAACAUGCAUUCAAAACAAGGCAUUAAGGUAAUGCUCUAUGGCCUGUAUUGUCCCGGUUCUUAUGUCUAGUCCGGUCUUUGGUCUCUUGGUGUUCAGGUGUAAGGUUAGAGGUGUAAUUUAACAAAAUUAUUUAUGGCCGGGUUCAAAGUCCAUUACAAAAAGUGUAAAUCAGCGUAUAUUUAUUCACCACCUUUUCGUAUUAGCAGAUAUCUAACGUUUUACUGGGACUCCUGAUAGGCCUGAGCCUGUUUGGCUCUAGCAGCCUUGAGUGCCGUGCAAAGACACCUCGAGUGCCGUGCAUGGCACUAGUGCCGUAGGUUGCCUACCCCUGGUCUAGAACAAAACCAAGUUCUUAAGAACCAUCGAUAACAUCCAGAAUUCGAAAAUAGGUGACCGGAAAUUCAACAGAAAUAGAUCUAUUCCUGCGCAGAAGUCGAUCACUGUGAAGGGAGAGAAAAAAAAAAAAGGCAUCUGAAGUGACCAGAUGUCCGCAUUUAACCAACUAUAAUCCAGACAGAUGACCUAAAUAAAUAUGACAUAAUUACUUAGUUACUUAAUUUAACUCGCCAUAUAACCGGAACAAUAUACUCCAUUAAACUGGUAGCGUUAACGACACUAAAUCUAAGUAUAUUCUACACUAGUAUGAACAAUUAGAAUAAUGUGAGAAAUAAAGACCCAGGGUGGGAAGCAGAAUGAAGAUUACAGGUACACUACGUUAGCAUAAUCUACCACUUUAAGAUACAGAUAUGCUAUUGGCGUCUUCACAGUCAGUUUACAGUUCUGUUUAUAGUGAUCCCUCGAAUCGUCAGCAAGGCAUGCACACAUUUGAGGGCUGUGCUGUCUCCAGAACUGGAAAAAGUUGUCCUUCCACAAUUAAAGGCGAAACUAUAGUGAACGAUAAAUAUUGAUGUCUUAACUUUCAGUCUGUGCUGGUGUUUUCAGUUUGAUUUAUGGAGCUCCCAUUUUUGGACCAAUUACACCUUGAUUUAAUAUGAAAACGUACUUUCAAUCCAGCACCGAUAUCCGCAGUCUGAACCGAAUCACAAUUGCGUCUUGCCUUCAUUCAAUAAAACCCUUCUCAUAGAGGAGCAGUAUUGGACCUAUAGGUAUAAGGAAAGAUAGAAAGGUGGCGCCACAGAGAUAAUAUAGAAAAUGAAAUAUAAGCAAGUAGUAAUAUAGAAAUAAACAAUGACAUAAUACAGAGAGAGAACAAUAAAAAUAAUAAUCGGGGUGUGUGUGUGUGUGUGUGUGUAUAUAUAUGUAUGUAUGUAUGUGUGUGUGUGUGUGUGUGUAUAUAUAUUUUAUGUCCAGUAAAACCUUUGGUUGAGAGAACAAUCACAGUUCUAUCUGAGGUAGAGCUGUUUAUGGAGUAGUGGGAUCGAGGGGUUCGUAGAAUCCGUAUGAAAGAGAAAAGAAAAUCUAAUAGUGUAAUAAAACCCAAAUAGGUAGCAGCCGAUAAAAGAGGUCCAUAUGGUCCUACUCACAUUUUUGAGAGCUAAAAGCUAGCUCUAGUAUAAACCGCGUUCAGUGGUAUAAAUCCCCACUUAUGGGAUACGUGAGGGAGUGUUGUAAGUAGAUAUCUCGUCAGAUGGGGACCAUAUAAUGUAACAAAAAGCAACAAUAGUGCUCACUGUGAUAAAACCAGAAGAGUGUAUAAAAAUACCAAAUGGUUACUCACAUUUAAUUGGGCAGUCGCACUGCUCAAUGAUAGGACGUAAGUGGUAUAAUCCCCACCAAGGAUGCUGUGGAGUAGUAUCUCGCAAGAACAAGUAAAACUCGGAUGCCAGGUAGUAAAAUAAUAAAAAUGGUAAAUAAAGAUAAAAUGGCUUUUUCAUAUGGAUCCCACGAACUCUUUGAUCCCACUACUACAUAGACGUCUCUACCUCAGAUAGAACUGUGAUUGUUCUCUCAUCCCAAGGUUUAUAUAUACACACACACACACACACACCGAUUAUUAUUUUUAUUGUUCUCUCUGUAUUAUAUGUCAUUGUUUAUUUCUAUAUUACUACUUGCUUAGAUUUCAUUUGAUAUAUUAUUGCUGUGGCGCCACCUUUGUCUCCUUCCUUUUACCUAUUUACCUAUAGGGCCUAUGAGGGAGGCCUAUCCUUUAAGUGUGCUGCCUUUAUUUAAGUUUUUAAGCGCUGAUCCUUCUGUACACUUUUCACGUAAUUAUUGGACCUAUGCUGCUUACGUAGCAUUUUCCACAAUUAACCAAUUAGAUACCUCUGUAUGAGAUGGAUUGAUAGAAUGUUCGAUGACCUCAUGCAAUGUAUGAGGACAUCCAACGUCAAUAAUCAAUCUCUGUGCUGGGAAAGGAGGCACCAUCUAGUGGCUGUCAGGGUAACCGCCACUAAAAGUGUGAUCUCAGACAUGGCGAUGUUAUUCAAUGGGGGAGCAGAAUGUAAUAACAGAUCUGUGAUGCUUCUCUGCUAAUCUUUCUUUUUUCCCAGUUAAAGUUUGUUAGUGUUUCCAAAAAUGUAACAAAAGUAAGAAUCAUGUAAAGUUAUUGAAUGCAACCUCCCUGUCCUUACCUUUUCUGGAAAUUUAUCUAAAUGAUCUUUUUCCUCGACACCAUUUUUUUAACUUUAGUUAGCUAGUAAAUAAUUGGAUAAACCACAUCUUUAUCAUUGCCAUGCGCAGCCAUUCUUUGCAAUAUGUGUUUGACUCGACUCCUUUUCUUCUCUUACAGGUCGGUCUGAUAAGUGGGGUCAGUCUUAUAGUUGGUACCAUUAUUGGAUCUGGAAUCUUUAUUUCCCCCAAAUCAGUGCUUAGAAACACAGGGGCCGUGGGACCAUGUCUUGUCAUCUGGGCAGUUUGUGGCGUGAUCUCAACAUUGGGUAAAUGAGUACAGAUUUAAGUUUCAGUUUACUGUUUAGUGAAUUAAGCCUAUGUACCCGAAAAUGCCAGAGAACCGAGGAAGGUUUUCUAACAGGGGAAUUAUUUCCAACUUGGCAAUUAUGGGCUGAAUUUUGCUACUAAGUUGUUCGAUAGCCUUUUGAUUUUCUAAGUAUAUUUUUAGAAUUUUAUAUAUAACUUUAUAAAUUAAAGACAUUGGGCUUCGCAAUGUUCACACUUCCAUAGCUGUAGGUUCUUACAUCAAGCUUCCACUGGAUUAUUUUCAAUUCUGUCCUCUCAUGAGCUACAAAAGAUCCACUUUGUUACUUGGCUGUUUAUAUCUUUGUUUGUUGUAACAAAUGUUUUAUGUAAUGCACCCCAGUGAUUGUACUGUGUAUAUUUUGAGGUGCUCUGUGUUUUGCUGAACUUGGAACAAUGAUCACAAAGUCCGGGGGAGAGUAUCCAUACCUCAUGGAAGCCUUUGGCCCCAUCCCUGCGUUCCUGUUUUCCUGGGCCAGUGUCAUUGUGAUGAAACCGUCAUCGUUUGCCAUCAUCUGCCUCAGCUUUGCAGAGUACGCGUCUGCCCCAUUUUACCCAGGAUGCACCCCUCCAGUGGUAGUCAUUAAAUGCCUGGCGGCUGCUGCUAUCUGUAAGUAGUCUCCAAAAUGGGGUUCCAUUUGUCCUUCUUGUUCUGGUCACCAUGGAAAAGUAAAACAUACACAAUUUUAUAAAAUGCGAUUCAAAACAAUCAAAUUGUUCCCAAAUGUAAAAAAUAGUCUAAUCUCACCUAAGAUGCUCCCAUUUGUUUGAGAUGGCGGUAGGUGCAAUGAGACCUAAUACUUUCAUUCCCUUUGAAUCUGAACCCAGUGCAGAGAGACUCUUCCUGACCCACCACUACCUUGACAAAUACAUUUAUUUCUAAUGCUGGAGUGCAUAGUCUGUUUGGAUUUUGUGCCCAUCCCACCUCUAAAAUUAAUAGGUUAUUUAUCUGUUAUCUCACCGCAGCUCAACUCUGCCCCAUAGUGAGGAUCUCAUGGCCAAUUCAAUGCAUCCUCGCACCAAUAGAAUGCUUGGAAUAGAGAAGCAUUGAAUUGAAAGCCCCCACUUUCGCUUUGUGUUAAUGCUUGAGGCAAGUGAACUGAUAGCUGGGAGGGUGUAAUUUAGGACAUAUAUAGAAGGGUAGAUUGCUUUUGAAAUUAGCACUUUUUACAUAAUAAGACAAAAGGCCCUUUUACACAAAGUAUUUCAGCAAUCUACAGUGCUUGACGUGUUUGGAAUGUUUAUUUAUUGACUCUCUAUAGUUCCACUUAGUCUGCCAAAGUAAACCCUUCACACCCGCUGAAAGUCCGCUAAAUCCGGGACUCUGUGAUUGGUCCAUUUCCCUUGUUUGCAUACCAUUCUAUAUGACUAACCCAUUCAUUUUCCUUACGUUUUAGUGGCCAUCACAACCAUCAAUGCACUUAGUGUGAAGCUGGCAAGUUAUGUCCAGAAUGUUUUGACAGCCGCCAAGAUGAUUAUCAUCAUAGUUAUUAUAGUGAGCGGUAUUGUACUGCUAGCACAAGGUAUGUUGUUUUUUUUUUGUUGUUUUUUAAAAUACAGAUUGAGUAUUUCCAUAAACAUAUCAAAACUUCACAUGACAGAGCACGUAGCUUAUAGUCUGCUCCGUAAAAGGCAAAAUAAAUCCAUGACGUGUGGAAGCCUGCUGGGCACAAAUAGAACAAUAUUCUACAUAUAAUCUCCUCCGGGUAUGGCCAACCUAUGGACAAAACUCUGCACCAAUGGACAGCACUUCCACCUGGUGUUGAGGGAAAUGGCGGCAUGGAUUCGCCUGGCCACCCGGCGCCGCCUAUGUAGAUACCCACCCCGAGCCUCCAGAGCGGCCUCCAGACAGAGAAAAAGUCGGAGACCAGAGUGGCAUGAAACGGUGACAUAGCCCUCAGACCUCGGCACUCGCCCUCGCAUACACCAGAGCGAGACCACCAAGCCUGCCUGGCCUACUCAUCACUCAGCGGCACCGGAAUCCUCCGACCAACGAAGCGCGACUAACCCUGUCAGCAGCGUGGCUCACCGCAAUGCAGCACAGCUCCCUACCAGCGGCAGACACGGGCAGAGAGCCCCUCCAGGACCUACGGGUGACGGAGCAUGGCCACGGCCCCAACUCUACCAAUGUAUCUGGCCCACAUGUCAAGCCUCCAGAGCCGGCAUUGGCUAAUCAAGAUGGACUGCACCGGAGACGGACUAUGCUCCUACAAGCCCAUAAGCAGUGAUAAAGCAUUAUCCCACCGUACAGGCUACAACUAAUACACCGUUCCUAUGUCUAUAGUUACCUCAGCUCGCUAAUGUAAUAUGCACUGCCUGACCGAUUUACUUUAUUUCUGCUCUUUAGCCAUGCUCCUUAUUUAUGUUCUGUUUAGCACUUCUCAUGAGACAAGCCCAUAUGCCCAGCAUAAGAAAUGUUUCCUUCGCCUGCUAUGUACACAAACCACACAGGCAUGCGCUAUACCUAGCCCAUGAAUAUCCUGCAUUUAGCAUACACAAUAUCUCCACAUAUCUCAUUGAGGCAUAGCAUGAUUCACCUACGACAACCAGGUCACGUACAUGCCACUCAUUCAUACACAACAAGCUGCACCUAACAUGCAUUAAGCUACUCUCCUAAUACACUAUCACAAUCAACAUAUGCUUAUAAAUGUGUAUGGCUUGUACCUAACUGUUAACAAAAAAAAAAGUGCAGUACUUUAGUGCCAAACUGUGAAUAUUGAUAGAUAAACUAUGCGUGCUGUUGUGGCACAUUACACAUGCUUGUUAUUUCCAUGCACAGAAAAAAUAAAGAAUUAAAAAAAAAAAAAAUUGAAUAAAUAACUGAAAAAAUGAUGCGCUUUAAAAAAAUAAAUAAAAAAAAAUAAUAUUAAGUGGAAGUUUUUGUAGUGAGAAUUUAAAGUUCAAACUUGUGUAUUGUGGGUAUAAAGUUCCACUCUCAAGGAUACCAAUAAAUUCAGGACCCGGUAGUGAGAAUUCAAAGUGCAUUCCCAAAAAUGAUCUUAGUCUGCCUUAAAUUUGAAAUUCACUUUGAAUUCUCACUUUCUCUCAAUUCUCACUGUCUCUUAAAAGGCAGAACGUUCCAAAAAUAAAGCUUUUACAUAAUGGAAAUUAGUUUUCUUAACAUUUGGUAUAUGUAGAAAUGAUUAUUCCUGCUAUUAUCUUAAUAGCGAUUGCGACACAGUCUUUCACACACUAAACAUAAUGGGAAAAGUACAUAUAAAACGUCUUAAACAAAAGAGAGAAAAAUAAUUGAACUAAAAUGGUACACCUCAAAUUUUACACUUAAUUCUAAGUGAUGGAGAGUUCGCAGCUUAAAACCCACCUCAUUGUGCUAAUUUCACCACCAAUAAAAUUCAAUGGAGGUGGAUCAAUCUGACUUCUUAAUAUUGUGCACAUCUUCAAUAUUUUACUAUUCUCUCAAGAAGAAUUAACUCCACAAGCAAUAUGGGUAAAUAUAAGUAUUGUGCCGGCCACUCUACAAAAAAAACAAUAUCUAAAGCCACUUGCAUGUCCUUCAAUUAAACAGACAACAUUUCAAUCAAACAAUUUAUAAUUAAAUUUUUCUACAGGAACGGCAUUUAAUGAGUUAUAUUUUGUAUUCUUCAGGAAAUACAGAAAACUUUGUGAACAGUUUUGAGGGGUCCCAGAUCACGGCCGGGGGGAUUGGUCUGGCUCUCUACAACGGCCUUUGGGCAUAUGAUGGAUGGUAAGCGACUAUUUUUUUUCCCCCUAUCACCAGCUGCCACAGCUUAUAAGAAAAGAUUAGUGCAGUUCAUAUUGAAAGGAUCAUUAUAACUUUAAUCCUUUUCUGUAAAAAAAAAAGUAUAUUUAUUGAAUCCAAUGUCUAAAUAGUUUAAUUGUUACAAUUGUGUCUCCCAUUGAGCUGAAGUGGUCUGAGUGACUAUAGUGUCCCUUUAAUGCUAUUUUCAAAUACUGUGUAUGUAUAAUGUUUUCUGGCUAAAUUUAGAAAUAUUGAACUCUGAUGGUCUGUGAGUUUGUUCUUCAUUGUGAGUUCACUAUCAACUGUCUAUACAGGGGUGUCUGUAAUACAUAUAGAAAUCUCAUUGCCACAUAGAAAAUAUCAUCAGAAGAAUUGCCAUCACUCAUUCUUUGUGUUCUUGACAUGUAAUACUUUUACUUUGCUCUCAGAUGUUUUGCACAUCCUGUUGUUUUUUUGUUUUUUUAAUUCUUUAUUUUAUUCGUGCAUAGGUUAGAUAAACAAGAUUGUGCUGCCACAACGGCUGGUACGUGCAUAACAUCGAAUAGAUUAUAAGAAUUAUGUGACAUGAGGAACAGUUGCCCAUCCUGUUUAAUGUUCAGAUUGAUGACUAAACAUUUUUUUUUUUAAUGGUUUUCGAAGACUGAAUGUAGAAAGAAAUAUUGAAUGGAUCGUUACACUGUUAUGAUGCAAAAUUUGUAAAAGUAAAGCACAUUUUGAAAAAUGGGGACUUGUCUUUAAUUCCUUUUCCACAAGUCUUGUAGGUAGUCCAGAAUAGGGCUUAAAAUUGGUUCACUGCUGCAGGCAGGACACAAGAAGCCAAACUCCAGUGGAGUAUGGCCAUAGCACUGUGAUGAGCUAACAAAUUAAUAUCCUCUUAUAUUGAGGGAAGAAAACAUGGUGGCUCCAUAACCGAUAAUAGAUCAGAAGACAGCAGCGAUGCUGUCCUGUUUCUCUAGUCUUCAUAAGGCAAAUAUUUUCCUAGAUACAUGAUGCUCCAUGAGAUCUCGUCUUCCUUGGAGCAGUAAACGGCACCAAAUCAAUUUCCAAUAAGCACAUCAAAUCACCAAAUGGGCUAAGAGAUAUUUGAACAAAUUGUCCUAAACUGUGGUGGACAGGACAGGUGAAAUCCACUGCUAAUCUCUGGAAAAACAAGAGUAAAUUGAAAAGGGCCUCGUUAACAGCAAGACUACAUGAUUGGAGCUACAAGUUUUCUAAUUAAUUUCUGCAGAAAGAAAAUUCAAAAUUCUGCCCAUCCCUGUUUGGUAAAACUUAUAACUAUUGGUCUUAGUAACACGAAAAUAGAAUUGGGAAUAUCACUCACAGGACUUAUUCACAAAAUAAUAAAUUGUCAGGAAUUCCAAUUAUUAUAACGACAUUACAGUGAACAUAGCAGGCUUAGAGGAGUUUGUAAUUAAUUAAAGAACCCAGACAGUACUGAAAAUGAACCAUACGUUACAUUGUCUGUGAAAUGUGUUGGGGACAGUUUUUAUGUAGCGUUUACAUGCCUGUUCUGUGUUUAUUUAAUUUUUUUGGUGGGCAAUGAAAUCCGAUGAUAAAUACUGGCGACAUUAAUGGAUGCAGUUUCUAGCUAGCUCCCAGGUGACAUGCGAUGGUUGCAUUAUGCGAGAUCUAUGGCUGUAUUACAAGAAGCUGCUCUGAAUAUGAUUGCCGCUAUCUGACUUUAAAUUCACAGCUUGCUCACUAAUAGUUGUUGAGUAGGCACACGGGCCAGGCUGUUUCAUGGAUCGGCCAGGAAGCACUUGCUGAUACACCUCCCAGCAUAUGUUAAUUCGUAAUCAAUUCCUAAUCCGUUUUACUUCUUGGAAUCCUUAAUGAAAUGUACACAGAUGAAUUGCAUGCAUCUCAUAAAUCUGCUGGCUCCCUUCACCUUGCUGAUACAACCACUUUAUUUCUCCUCCUUAGGAACCAGCUCAAUUAUAUUACAGAGGAACUUAAAAAUCCAUACAGGUAUCUAUGAUGCAAGCUGUAAACUGGAUUCAUUACCUAUUCCUAAUAAACAAAUAGAAAAUGUAGCUCCCAGUGUGGAUAUUGAUUAGGUGAUAAAGAAACCUCCUGUUUAAUUCAUUCUCCGCUAACGUGAGCUGUGUAUUUUAUACCCCGUUUGGUAAGGAUAUAGUUAACCCAUUGAGUUCCAGAAAGGGUGCAACAUUGCCUACACGCAUGCUGUUUAAUUGUUAUAUAAUGUGACGCAUCAUACAUUUUGGCAUUUAAUAAACAACUCUCUUACAGAGUGUAAUAUGAGUCUAAACUAGACCAGUUAAUUCAGAGAUUGUGUAGAAUGGACUCACUGGUUCAGUAAGAUUUGAAUUAUUGCAGCCAUAGCCUAGGAACAGUCUUUUUCUGUUUUUAUUUUAUUUUUAUAGGGACACUAUAGGUAUCAAAAGAAAUUUAGCUUAAUGAAGCAGUUAUAGUGUAUAGAUUGUGCCCUACAGUCUGCUUAGUUAUAUGCCAUUUAGGAGUUAAAUCACUUAGCUCCCCUAGCUGUGACUGACACAGUCUGCACAAAAUAAACGUUUAAUUAAUUUUCAAUCAGAUGUUAACAUACGUUAGAAGAUUUUAUCUCCUGCUCUGUAAAUUGAACUUUAAUCACACACAGGCGGCUGCUGCAGUGUCUAGAAGACUUAGCAGAGCAGGAGAUAAGACGUUGGAAUUUAAACAGACUGUAAAAUAAAGGAAGUUUAAACAUCAGAUGUCCCUUUACAGGAAGUGUUUAGGGAAACUGUGCAAUUCACAUACAGGGAGGUGGGGCUAGGGCUGUGUAAACAAGGUGAUUUAACUCCAAAAUGGCAGAGAGUUGAGUUGUGAGACUGCAGGGGCCUGAUUUAUACACCAAAACUGCUUCAUUAAAGGAACUCUCCAGUGCCAGGAAAACAAACCCGUUUUCCUGGCACUGCAGGAUCCUGCAGUGCCCCCCAUCCUAUGUUGCUGAAGGGGUUAAAAUCCCUUCAGUGACUUACCUGAAUCCAGUGCCGUGUCCCUCGGUGCUGGGUCAGGCUCCACCCACGCUUCUCCCCCGCCGACGUCAGCUGACGGAAAGACCAAAUGCGCAUGUGCGGAAAUGGCUGAACGCACGCAUUAGACCUCCCCAUAGGAAAGCAUUAUUCAAUAAUUUCCUAGGGGGAUUCCGGCGAUGCUCGAGGUCCUCACAUAGCGUGAGGACGUCCAGUGCUGUUUAAAACCCUUUUUCGGGUUAUAAGAACCCAGAAGUCCCUCUAGUGGCUGUCUGAUAGACCGGCACUAGAGGAGGACUUAACCCUACAAGUGUAAUUAUUGCAGUUUUCAUAAACUGCAAUAAUUACCUUGCAGGGUUAAGGUUGAUGGGAGUUGGCACCCAGACCACUUCAAUGGGCUGAAGUGGUCUGGGUGCCUGGAGUGUCCCUUUAAGCUAAAGUUGUUUUUGUGCCUAUAGUGUCCUUUAACUGUAACAAUUUUUCUAAAUUUAGUAUUUUUAUUAUUUCACACAAAUUAUGGGGCCUACUUACUGGUUGUGUAGAAUUGUAAUUUUUUUUUUUAACUUAAUUGAUCGUAUAGGUCUAUCAAUAUUCAAGUUAUACAAUGUGAAAAGGGGCUUUAAGGAACACUAUAGGGUCAGGAACACUAAUACUGACUCUAUAGUAUUAAAGCCACAUUUAAGUGGCUUGCCCACCCCCCCUCCCCCCUUAAAAGGUAAUAGAACCUAAUUUAUUUCCUGCGCCUCGCUUGUACACCAGCCCCACCUAUGAUCCACCUCCUUGCUGAUUUUAAAAUGUAUGAUUUUUACUGAUAAGGAGGCAGGGAAGGGCCAAAAAGCAGUGUUUGCAUGAAAAUGCCUGAAUGUAAUGAUUAUACUCACCUAAAUGGCUACAUAAAGCUGUAAUUGUUCUGGUGACUAUAGUGUCCCUUUAAUUACCAAAUUAAUCUUUUUUUACUAUAGAUUUCCUUUACAAAAGUAGGAAAGAUUAGGAGAGAAAAAAACAAAAAGGCACCCCUGGAUUAAAUUUAUGUACCUGCUAAUAUUUAAUACCCUGAAAUUGCAAACCUCAACAAAGCGUAAAAUGUAGCAGAUUGAUUUCAUGUGUGCACACUGCGAGGAAUACUGUGUUCUUAAUGAUUCACAUUCAGCGCAUGUUGGAAAGACCUGAUCUAAACAAAGGCCUGCUAAUUAUAAGGCUGUAUGAGUUCACCACGAUCAAUAUGUAUAUUUUAUAUUUUCUAGAAAUCUCCCUCUCUCCAUUAUAAUUGGGAUCCCAGUUAUCAUCGUGUGUUACCUGCUGAUAAACAUCUCCUAUUUCACGGUUAUGACUGCAACGGAACUCCUCCAGUCGCCAGCAGUGGCCGUGGUGAGUUACUCUGGAAUAUAUAGACACAAAAAUACAGGCCAGAACCAUCUAAAACCUCUUUGGAAGCAAGUCAUGCCUUAGUUAUAACAAAAUAAAGGGACACUCCACUGCCCAAAAACAAAAUAAAUAUAAAUUACUGUUUAGUAGAUAUACUUCCCAAUGAAAACUUGCAUGCAUUUAAUUGUUUUAUUUUUGUAUUUUUAUUAUUGUGGGUAAAUCUAAAAACAGCUUGCAAAAUCUGAAUUCUGCAGGUCUGCUGCCUUUGCAAGCCCUCUGUUGUGGUUGUGACUUAAAUAUGAAUAUUAAUCUCUUAAUACAUAAUAAUUAAGCAAUACAGAACAACAUUAAUAUUUUUAUAGUUCAUGGUAUUAUGGUUGAAUAUGUGGAUAGAAAAUACACAAAACGUUGUAAUAUUAAAUGUAUAUUUAAUAUAACUAUAAUAAAUAAACAGAUGCUAGCAGAAUGUCAAUUUACCACAAUAAUUAUACAAUACAAAACUACAACAUAUUACUUACAAGGCCCCAGCCCUUUGGUUAAGUCAGAGCUGGUACUACAUCUUUCAUCAGGUUCAGUCAGGUACAGGCAAAGAGAUAGAGUUUCUCCUACAUCUGUUUUUUAUUCAGUGUAUUCCUAAAUAGGCUGGCCUGUGAUAUCACUGUCAGAAGCACAUGUCUUCCUACACACUGCCCCUAGUGGUGUCUUCAAGGCAUUACACUAGAUAUGCUUUCUUUAUGACGUAAAGUCAUUAAUUAAUAAAUACCAUUACACCCUCCCCUUCUAACCCUGCCCAGACUUUCUGUGACUGGCCAAUCCCAGACUUCCCAAUGCAGCUCAAUGAGAAGCCUUUGCAAGGCAGGUGUUCUGGGCCAUCGUUGCCUCUUGAGUUUAGCUCCACUGAGCUAACCAAACCAGGAAGUAACAAGAACUGGCUGCCUGCUUGAAAGCCAGGUGGUGUAACCAGGUUAAUUUAUAAAAGACUAAAUUUAUAUUGAAAUCUGCACUUUUUGCAAAAUGAAAAAAGUAGGGGACACUCUUCACACACAAAGCUUUUUAGCAAGGUAAACUGCUUUAGGGGUCUGUAGUGUCCCUUUUAAAUCAGAUAUUUGUAAAAUGCUUUUAUUAUUAUUGUUUGCUUCGAGAUGUUUAGUUUUUGCAGAAAAAAAUGUAUUAUAUAUUAGUUAUAUAUACUAAUAUAUUAAAACAGCAAAGGGUGGCAUUUAACUUUAUGUAUGUUUGAGCAAAGGUAAAAUAGAGAUGUAUUCUCGUUCCUCUCAUAAGGAUGCCAUUUGUUAAUGACACCUCUUAGAAUUUAUGGCUAGGUGCUAGGGUGUAAACUGUGGUACCCACUCGCUCCAGGCAUAUGUGAUCAAACGCCAUUCUCUGCUGUGUUACAACUAUAACACAGCGUUAAUGGUUUAUUAAUAAGGUAGGGAUGAGGUUUUUCUCAUUUACUUACACUUUUAACAAAAAAAAAUCUGUUUAAUUUUAGUACUUGAUAAAACAUCCACUCGGUUACAUUUUUAAAUUCUCAUCUCAUUCUAUUUCAUUACAAAUAAAUGUUUCCUGAUAACUUGAGAUAGAGUACUGAGAAGACAAGGGAGGCUGGAGCUGACACAACAAGAAAGAGGUCAGUGUCUACACCGCCCUAGAUACGAUGCGGCACAGGGCUCGAGGUCCGUGUCCAUAUGGCUCUAGGUACGACACGGCCCAGGGCAGAGGUUUGGGUCUAUAGUGAUAAGGUAUUCUGGAAAACUAACAAUCACAUCAUUGACUAAAGAGAGUUUCUCUGUAAGGACUUGCAUCAGCUAAACAUUAACUCAUAAGCUACAUCACUUGAAACAUUGUUUUGUAUUGACAGACCUUUGGUGAUCGAGUUCUACAUCCUGCAGCCUGGAUGGUCCCACUCUUUGUUGCAUUUUCAACCAUUGGAUCUGCAAACGGUUCCUGUUUUACCGCUGGCAGGUUAGUGAAUAUCUACAUUAGAGUUGUUUGCCCCAUAAUCUGUGCACGGGGUAAUAGCUGUUAUGGCGCUCUAAUGAUCUCUUACUGCAGUAGCAGCAGUUGACGUACUUAGGAAUUUUCGACUCGAUAAAUAUAAAGCAGAGAAUGUGAGAUCAUCUCUACAGCCUCUGCCCAGACUAUCAACCAGCUCGAUUUGACAAGCUAUUAAAGCAGUUUGUGAAAAGGAAUGCAUUAGCUGCCACCAGUAUUGAUAACCCCUUCACUGUCCAAGUUGCCAAUAAACAGCCUGCAGCGUUAUGGAAAAUUAGAAACUAUGACAGUGUUGUGUUCCAUAUCUAUUCAGUGUAUUUAGAUGCAUUAAGUGGUAUGGUGUUAAUGUUAUCAGAGAUUCUGAAUGAUGCUCCCUGUACUCUGUGCAGAUAAUAUCAAAGUAUUACUGCACAGAGGGCUGGGCGUUAAUCAGGGGCUGUCAGAAGUUAUAUAGCGCCAACAGAUUCCAUAGCGCUUUACAAUAUUAUGAGAGGGGGGAUUUAACUAUAAAGAGGGCAAUUACAAGAAAACUUACAGGAACGAUAGGUUGAAGAGGACCCUGCUCCAACAAGCUUACAUUCUAUAGGAGGUGGGGUGUAAAACACAUUAGGACAAGAAAUAGCAAUCAAAUAAGGUGGGAGUGAACCAGAGUCAGAGGAGAGAGUAAAAUAUAAACCAGAAUUAUUUUAAUUGGAGGGUCAGUAACGUCUAUCAAUACUAAAGUUUGUAAUAUGAAAUAACAAACAGAGAGACGUGUAAAGAUAUGGGGGGGAAAAAAAGCCCCAAUAUGGAAACGGAAGGUUGGUCCGAUUACAGUGGGUUAUCAUGUCAAUGUGGAAAAGGUGCAUAGAGACUGGUAAAAAAACCGAAAUCAAUCUUUGUUCUGAUUGGCUGCAAAUAUCAGGCUUCCAAUCAGAACACAGAUUAUGACCAAAUAUGGCAGCUGCAGGCAUCCUCUUGUCUGCUAUAAAAUAAAUCUACGGGUGUUUAGUUGGUUUUAUAAUGGACUCUUUCGGGAUUAUUUACUAAAGUUUCAAAGUGAAUUUCAAAUUUAAGGCCAAAGUAGCCAACCUGGUAAUAGAGCAGACAGAGAGAAUUUUCAGUACAGCUACUUUGAAUUCUCACAUGCAAAAACAGGGUUAUGUGCUAACCAAUACAUUCUCUUGUGUUUGCCAAUCAGGAUAGAACCUUACAACCCCGUCAAAUGAUACAGAUAAUAUAUCUUUCUCCAAACUAACUCUAACCUUAGAAAUAGUUCACUAAUCAGAUUGUGAACUUUAGCCUUAACUCUUUUCUUUUUACUAUGAUUGGUGUGUUUAUACAUACUCUGAUAUCAUUAGCAAUUCUUUUGUAACCAUUCAAAUGAAUUUAUAUUCUUAGCAAGAUAAUAAAUUAAGAGAUACACCUAAACAAAAUAUUUGAAUAUCCUGUGUAAACCCGUAUAUAACAACCAGCUUUGCUCUUGGAGGCAAAUAAAACAGUGAUUUGGCUAGAUCCCCGUUGCAGAGAAUUAAAUAUAAAAGUGUUUCUCCCCAGGUUAACUUAUGUUGCUGGACGUGAAGGCCACAUGUUGAAAUUUCUUUCUUACAUCAGUGUCAAACGUUUGACCCCAUCUCCUGCAAUUACUUUCUAUGUAAGUGACAUAUUCUUCUUGUCUUGAGUUCUGAUCUAGUUUUCUUGAAAACAUAAGACAAAGUAGGGACUUUGAUGUAUUUUUGCUACACUUGACCUUUUUUAACCAAAGGAGGAGCUCAAGUCCGCUCCAUUUCCUGUGGUCAAAUAAAUUUCGUAAUCCCAUUUACAGAAUGAAAUUCCGAUCUGAUUCUUGAAGCCGUUUAGUAGAUGCCUCCUAAUUCCCAUAGUAUUACGGAGCUGUCUACUAAAAAGCUGAAUUACCAAAAUUGAUUUCAGCCAACUUUACAAAUAUAAAGUCAUUUUUACUUGGUAUUAGUAAAUAAGGGAGAUUAAAAUCUCCUUCCUGCCCCUACUCCCUAUGCCACGAGUAGGGGCCUGCCUACAAAACUGCGCAGCCUGUGGCUGCUCACUGUUAUAAACAAACAAAGACUCCCCCCAAAUCCAAGUGUCCUAUGCUGGGGCACGUAUUAAAAUAAUUAACGGGGGGACAUAUAGUGUCACCCCGAGCCUGCACACAUGCUCUGAGUGGGGGCUAUUAAACUAAAUGAGGGACCUAGUGUCCCCCUCUGGUCCCCACCCAAUAGCGGUGGGUAGAGGUCCUUAGUGACAAAAGGUGGGGGUAUCUAAUGUCUAGCCCCCCCACCCACGAGCAGUGAUUGACAAAAAGGUGGACCCUAUUGUCUGUUGAUUUUCGUUCUUUGUAAUUUUUAUUUGUUCUUUCGUCUUUCUGAAAAAUGAACGAAUAGCCGAAAUUCCCGAAUAUUGGACAAUAGCAAAUGCCCAGUGUUUUACUGGGUAUGCACUGGAAUUUCACAGUGGGUCGAUGACAUGUCCCACAGGGGGAAAACAAAGUUGAAAAAAGGUAAAAUGGGGGACCUCGGGGCAUUUGGGGGUGACAAUAAAACUUAGUGAAGUGUGUCACGCAGUAGGUACAAAAACCUGCUCAACAGAAAACCAAUUUACUUUCUGAUGCAGUGUUUGUGCAUGACAGGUGGUCCUCAUUUUACGACGGCUUACACUUACAACCAGAUCUCUAGCGUGAUGGUAAGUGCGAGCCGUCGUGGAGAUUAGAGGGAUUCCCUGCUCUGCUGCGUUCGUCUAUGUUCAGGGAAUGUUUCCUGAACAUAAACAAGCGCACCAGAGCAGGGUAUCCCUCAACUCCUCACUUACCGACCAAUUCGUUCUACAACUGGGUUGUAAGAACGGAACCCCGUCAGUAAAUGAGGAGUACCUGUAUACCAGUCCUAGAAUCUAUCUGCUAGGGUGAUGGGAUUCAAGUAGCAUUUGUGGGAGUUUACAGCUAAUUCCCUUCUCUUAUUUUCCAGGGUAUAGUAGGAAUGAUAUACAUCAUCCCAGCGGACAUCAACACCCUCAUUAACUACUUCAGUUUUGCGGUUUGGAUUUUCUACGGUUUAACAAUAGCUGGACUUGUGGUUAUGAGGUUUACAAAGAAGGAUAUGAAGCGACCUAUUAAGGUAGAGAAAAUAUCCUGAAUGUAGUGUAAUUGCUUUCUCUGAUUAAGAAUCUCUUUUAAUCCUCAUUUUUGUUUACUGUUAAUUGUACAUAAAAGGGAUCCUUUGUCAUUUUGUGUAAUCUUAAAGGAUCACUCUGAGCACCAUAACCACUACAACAUACCAUAUGUGCCCUGGUUUGUUAAUGGUUUGACUUCUUACCUUGGAUCCACCUGUCGCCGCUCCAGAUGUGUUUGGUAGGAGUUUUCCAUUAGCACCUCUGAGCAAAGCCCUAUAGAGCCAUUCCUAGAUCGAGUUAGGAGAACCCCAACGAUAACCGGACUGAAGUACAUAACACAAGAAAAUAAAGUGGCUGCCUAUGCAGAUGAUAUGCUGUUCUUCCUGGACGACCCCCUCGAAUCCAUCCCACAGCUCAUGGACGAAUUUCGCAAAUAUGGAAACCAAAUCAGGGCUUAAACAAAACCUAUCCAAAUGCGACAUACUAAACGUAACGGUGCCGGAAACUGAAUGUGCGCGCCUAAAACAACGGUUCACCUUCUACUGGUGCACAGACCACAUGAAAUAUCUAGGACUAUGGAUCAGCCCAGCGGCGAAAGACCUGUACGCUCACAACUACGCGCCCCUGCUAACCAACGUUCUGGGAGACCUCAAGAAAUGGAACUACAACCACAUCUGCUGGCAGGGAUGAAUGGCGGUAGUGAAGAUGAACAUCCUACCCAGGAUACUGUACCUAUUCCACACCACCACACCCUGGAUAAUACCGCAAAUCUUCUUCAAAACGGAGAUCCUCCGCUAUGUGUCGAAGGGAGACAGAGCAAGGAUCAGCCAUGAAAAACUGUGCCUCCCAAGAGAAUGGGGUGGACUGGCCCAACCAGAUUUCAGCAAAUACGCUCAGGCAACGAUACUGCAACGUCUCAGGGAAUUGCACACUGCCACACCCCACAAACGUUGGGUCUCGCUAAACAGAGAUAUCGUAGAUAACCACCUUCCUACGGUAAUCUGGCACAGAGAAUCAGAGGCAACGACAAACCUUAGGGAGGACUCUCCCAUCACGCAAACCCUAAAACCAUGGACCAGACUGAGGAAAGCACCCUAUAUCUCACCAAAACUGAGCCCGCUGAUUCCCAUCACCCAUAACCCAAACCUAGGUGAUGGGCUCCCACCAUCAGCAUGGCCAUUAGCGGACCAAGAAGGAUAUAUCCCUCUGCAAGCAGUACUGACAGACACAGGAGAUCACAGAAGGAAGGGCACUAACGCUAAUGCACCAAUUCCACUAUGCACAACUGAAACAUUUUUACCAUAACCUACCACACAGACACGGAAUACACAGGGACCUAACCUGGUAUGAAACACUCUGCUCCCACACACCGGACAAUGCAGGUACAGUCUCCAUCAUAUAUCAACGCCUAAUUACAGGAGAAUGGAAGAAGAAAGACUUGUUCAAAAGACGAUGGGAAGAACUAACCGCCAGAACCAAUACGGACGACCAAUGGGGAAAAAUACUUCUGCUACAACACAAAAGCUCAACAAGCUCCCUUUACGAAGAGGUAAACUACAAACUGAUUUCACACUGGUACCGUACACUGUCCUUGCUGCAUCAGACCAAUCCGACCACCCCAGAUACCUGUUGGAGCUGCGGCGAAGAGAAUGGAACUCUGACACAUCUGGUGGGACUGCAGAAAAAUUCAACCGUACUGGGAAGAAAGAGUGAGAAAUACAAAACAUACUGUAUUUCUCUCUCUAUUGACCCUGGAAACAGCCCUCAUACACCACACAGAAGUACCGCUCUCGGAGUAAAAAAGAUCUUAUGACACCUACUCAACGCUGCAAAAUCACUCAUACCGCCUUUCUGGAAAAAGAGAGACCCACCAACAGCCAGGCAGUGGAGAUACAGGGUGGAAGACAUACAAAUAGCCGAAGCCAAAAUGGCAGAUCUAAGGGGGGAGAGACAAGCACAUAGAACAAUGGAGACCCUGGUAUGUAUAUAUAAUUCAGCUCGCAACCAACGACUAAAUACGGGAGGAGGGGGUACGAGGAGAGACGGGGAAAGGGGCCCGAGCGCGUCGGCCGCUAAGCUAACCCACCCUUACCCACUCCCACCUACCCAUCCAUAAAACCACUAUUAUACCGCGCAGAGCCUGAGAGGGGCAGAAACAUGCAGGAAGGUGGGACCACACAGGAACCAAACUCCGAACAAUACGGCCGGUACUGACAGAGAAUGCAACACACAGAGGAAAGGCCCCAGACAUGGGAAACUAGGAACACUUACCACCCACAGGGGGAAGGAGAGACGAACAAACCCUCGUGAUCCGAAACCAGAACGAUAGGAUAAACACUAAUAAGACCUGGACACACUGAACCACACAUUUAUACAUAACUACACACCCACUUUGGGACACACUAACAACCUAGCGUAGUAUAAACACGACCACACGCUACAAAUCUAAAUAAGAGAGAACGACAAGCACACUAUGACAAUGCAUACAACGCAGAAAACCCAGCGACGAGCACAUCCAAGCUCAUACGAAACGCCACACUACAGCUGAUUUAGGGACCAAACAUGAGACCUCAAGAGACCCUCUAUUUAGGGACCACCUUAAGAUUGAUGGACGCAUGCGAAACCACAGACCGACCAUAGCGGACACAUCACUUACAGUCAGGGAGAUACUAGUAGACACACAAUAGGAUCCGCAAGCUUGCAAAAGUAUCACAUCACAGACCCACACAAGGCUCACUAGCCGCCACAGCAUACAAUAAAUAUUCCUUGACGGCGAUGAAACUCAAAAGCUUGAAUGGCUAAAGGGGGCCUGCAAACUCAGAGGUCCGUAUCGGAUGCAAUUAGCUAGAAAUUGACAGAAAUGACUCGUCAGCAAUGUAUGUAAGAGGGAGAUAAGAAAUAUGAAACAACACACUGUGAUAUUUGGUUUUUGUGAACUGUAUUUUUCAACCAGUGUUAUCAUCUGGCCUUAUAUGAUGUAUAUCACUAUGCUCAUCUAAUAAUAAAAACAGAUUUACAAAAAAAAACAAAAGUAGAAAUAAAAAGAUUCAUUUAAGUAAAAAAUAUUUUUUUUUAAAAAACACCCUUUCUAAAAAAUAUUCUGCAUGGGCACUAAAAAAAAAUAAAUCGAAAAGCUGGUGGGCGGUAAGGAAAUGUUUCCAUCAAGAAAGAUGCAUUAGUGGGUGGUAGGUAUAAAAAGGUUGACUUCCCCUGCUUUAUAGGGACACUCUAAACACCAAAACAACUUAUUUAAUGAAGUGGUUUUGGUGUAUAGAUCAUACAUCUGCAGUGUUAUUGCUCAGUUCUCUGCAAUUCAGGGGUUAAAUCACUUUGUCAGCUCCAACCCCAUCUCCCUACAUGCGACUCACACAGCCUCCUUCCUGUAAAAAAGGUCACGUUUUAAUCUUAAGAUUUUGUGUACCUUUUAAAGUGGGAGAGCGCCAGGGCACUCCUAGCACCAUAACAACUGUAGUGAUUAUACUGUUUAAAGUGUUUCUUUAUGCAGGCUAUUGCCGGUCCUUUUCUAAUAAGACACGGACAAUAUUAAAAAAACAACAACCACUUGCUCAAUUAAAUAGCCAAGAGCUGCAAUACUGCUGCAAACGGGAUAUAUCCCAAGCAUGAAAAAUAAACCCCAUUUAGUAGAAUUGCCCUAUUAAUUACCAGGGCUAAAAUGUUACAAUGUUUCCUGCAAGUCCAGAGCCCUCUGUAGCAUUACAGAUCAUUGAAUAUAAAUUCUCUCUAGGGUAGUUCUGUGUGAGAUAUUUGUUCACAGUUGAUGGGUCUACACUCAUUGUCCCUUCUAAGUUGUUGUUCGUAUCGGUUAUACACUGCUAACAGCAACGUAUUUCAUCCAUGGACGAUGUCAUGGGUGCAUGCAAAUAUACCAAUAGUGGGCUCUCUCACACUGCCCAUCGGGUCAACCUUAAAGGAUACACAAUGCUAAGAUCAAUAGCUUGUGUACGCCUUCUAAUUGGAAAAUAUUAUCUGUGUACUGAUAUAGCACUAUUACCUGACUGGACCCCUUGAAAGGCACCUAAACAAUGUUCCUGUAUUUUAAUAAUUUCUCUCAUUCUGUUUCAGAUUCCAAUUGUAAUCCCUAUCGCUAUGGUUCUCAUUUCCAUUUACCUGGUGUUGGCUCCAAUUAUUGACCAACCGGAAUGGGCCUACCUUUACUGUGUGCUGUUUAUUUUAAGCGGCCUGGUCGUAUAUUUCCCCUUUGUGCAUUACAAAGUAAAAUGGGCACAGAAAAUAACAAGUACGUGUAUGAUUAUGGCACUUGAUAUAUUUUUUUUCUUUCUCUUACACCCUGUUCUCUUCUUACCUGUACCAUCACUUCCAUACCUCUGUGCUAACACUUUCUGCAUAAUACCUGCAUUUGAAUUCCAAUACCACGUGCAUGCAGACUACACAAGGCUGUAACUUUCCUCCCAUAUGGAUUGUCUCACGAUCCAAAACAGAUUUUUUUUUAUUCCUGUUAAAGGAACAUUCAAAGCACCAUAAACACCCCAGUGUACUGUUCCGGCCCUCCAGAUGUUGCUGAACUACAACUCCCUUCAAUAUAAACCAUUUCCCAAAAGUUUGACAUCUUACCUGGGGUUCACAGGACACUGUUCACCUCCUCCAUGAGUUGUAAGCCGCAGUGUUUAGCUCAUUGCCUGACAGCGAUCAUCUGGCAGCAGCAUUUAGCUCAGUAGAGCUAAUCAGGGCUCUGUGUAGGAGCUUAUGGCUCUAAAUAGAGGAAGUGACCAAUGCCCAGUAGACCCCUGGUACAUUGUCAAAUCUACUUACACUGGGUUAACGGGCACUCCUGGCCUUACAACCAUGACAGUGUGCUGUAGUGGUUAUGGUUCUUGGAUUAUUUUUAAACCACAACCCAAUUUUAUAGAUUUGGUGUAUAUAUCAUGACCCUGCUGUCUCUGCCCAAUUCUCUGAUUUUUAAUUAAAUCAGGUUGUUUCAGCUGCACUAGCCAAAACUCACUUGGCUGUGACUCACAUGGGGAAAAAAUGGUUUACAUCUUUUUUUACAGUGCAGUGUGUUUUACUUUAGAAGUUCUUAUCUCCUGCUCAGUUACAUGAACUUUAGGCACACAAAACAGACUGCUGUAGGCACUUAACUCAUUGUAUUGUGUUUAGAGUUAACAUCUGACCUCUUUGCAGAAAGUGUGUAGGUCACAUGCAGCCUGGACUGGGCGUAUUAUGCAGGUCUUCAGAUGUGUCACAGCCCUUUACUGUGCAUGAUGCGGACUGUGAGAAAAAUUUCUAUUGGUGGACAGAAUGGCGAUAUGAGGGCCAAAGCCAAAUAAGAGAAGUAGAUAUAUGACAACUAGUUACAAUAUUUAACCAGAAAUAUUCUAAGAGAGCGACUAGGCCAAUAAAGGACAGAAACCGUAUGAAAGGCAAAGAGACAGAUACAAGUUGAGUAAUAUACAGAGCACCAUACAAAUAAAUAGGACAAUAAGACCGAUGCAGAGAAAGAAAGGGAGACACAAUAAGGGCAAGAAACGGAGCCAAAACACAGAUCCAGAAAGAGAUAAGAGGGUGUCUGACAGAGAGACCUUUGUAGACAAGUUUUAAUGAAACAGAAAGAAAAGACUGUUGGGGGUGGAGGAUGUACGAUUGUUGGCUCCAUACCUUAGUUGGACAGUACUGCUCCAAGGCUGUAUGCUUAUCUGAGCAUGUUUAUCGUCCACCAAUGUUCUUACUGAAUCUAUAAAAGCACGUAUGACAAAAUAUUCAGUGAAGUAUUUCCUUACCUCUAGAGCCAAUAACCAUGUUUGUCCAGAUGUUGAUGGAAGUCGUUCCACCAGAAGAACAAGCAGAAUGAAGAUGCUAAACAUCGAAAUUAAGGACUAUUUUUACAAAUGGACAAACCCUAUACGCAAGUGUAGACUCUGUAAAUAUUAAAUGGUUUACCGAUUUCAUUAUUGCAAAGUGGCAGAAAGCAGAAGACAACACACCCAAUAUCUGUGUACAUUUCAAACCUGGAACUAUGGAGCCAGGACGGUGUCACAUGGUAAGGACACCUCUCCCCAUCUACUCCAGUCUAUAAUAGAACACGCCGUACUGUGCAAGACUGACAGCCUGGCUCUUACUUCCAGUAAAAUGGACUGGAACAGGUAUGUUUUAUAAACCAUGUUUACUUGCUUUAAAACUGGAAUUAUUACCUCAUUCGAUUUUUUUUUGUCAUGAAACAAUAAAAUAAAAACUG